AUGGACGAAAAGCAAACGAACGACAAGAUAAAAGUUGUGAACGUCUUUCAGAAUGAAGAAAUAGCUGGAAAGAAGAAAAAAAUACACUACCCAAACAAGCUCGAAUUCGAGAAGGGAAUAAUCCGCAACGCAAUCGUGUCCACAAAUUCGAACAAGUGUACCAAACUGGAGGAAAGGGACAGGGAGAAGAAAAAUUGCAUCAUAUUUCGAGAACAAUGCGAGUACUGCCUAACGAACUUUUCGAUAAGCGGCCACCUAAUUUUAACGAAAGAAUCCUUGCUGUUUGAACCAGACCUCAGAGACAAAAAUGUGAUAACGAACGGAUUUGGCAUGUAUCAAAUUUUUAUCGAUUUGUACGAUAUUUACGAGUGCGCCCAUAUUGUGGUGCCGACGAAGGACACCUACCUGUGUAACAAUGAAGACACGUGUGGUUUUAUCCAAGUGUUGUUAAAAAGUAUUUACCAUCGAAUAUGCAACGAUGCCUCGCAAAAGAAAAACAGCACAGCUAGUUGUUACAGUGGUGUGAAUAGCAACUCCAGCACGGAUGACUUGAACAAACAGAAAAGCAUUUCCUACUAUAAAUACAUCAGCAGGAGCUUGUCCUAUGUAUUCAAUUUAGCCCAACCGCUCGUUCAAAACACGUCGUCUUUUAAAGACGAAAAAAAUGACCACCUGUUGGGAGCAACCACUUACCCUUCGAACAUUUCGAAGAAUGUCAUAAAUGUUGAUCAUCAGAGAAGGGAAGACGAAAAUGAUGAUUUAAAAAAAAAAAAAAAUAGCUUUUUAAAUUUUGAUAUUUCCUCUCCAAAGAAUAACAUCGUGGAACAUCUACAAGACAGUGAUUUAAAGAUUUACCAAAAAAUUAACGAGGCGGAUUAUAGCAGCGCAAUUCCUGCUCACCCGAAUAUAACUUAUAAAAAUAAUCUCAAUUUAGCCAACUCCGGGUAUUCUUUUAAGGAAAGUGAGGCGAACAAUUCCACUUUGUCGGGAAAGCAAAAAAGAGACUCCUUCAGUGUAGCCAAGGAGGCUUCUUCGAAGGAGGCAUCAUCCAAAGGGGAGCUCUCGACCGUGGGAAAGCCCCAAUCAGGGUUCCCUAACGUGGAAACUGCACACGGUAACUUCACCAAGGCGAGUGGAAUAAAAGAGAGAGAUUCCAUGAAGAGAGAAGACAGUGCCACCUUCCCGAGCGAGGCACAAAGUUCAUGCUCAAAGACGCUGAAAAAUAUUUCCUUCGAGUUGCAUCAUCAAACAUCGGGAAGCUCAUUCACCGGGGGGAACUACAGCAAUACGUGCGGAGAUAUUCUUUGCACCGAUGGGAAUCAGAUCCAGUGGGGAAACAGAGGACCAGAAGAAGAACCUAGGCAGAACCUCGAAGGGCAGAAAAAGGCGCAGAAGAAAUAUGAGGAGAAAAGCUUCAUAUUGUUCAGAUUCUUUAACAACAAUAAGGCAUACGAAACGACAACAAAGAUAAUCAAAGAAAUUGAUGAAGUGAGAAAAUCACAGAACAAAAUAAAGAAGACAAUCACCUCGGUGCCAUUCACAUCAAACGAAUUGUUAAGGUGCAUCAUUGAGCAGUCCUUACUGGCCAAGGAAUCCAAAAAAAAAACACAGGCAACCAAUUCAACCAAUGAUGUGAAGGACUCUAAUUAUUUACCAUUAAUCCCGAAACUGGAGUACAUUAACGGUGCAGUAAAAUUGUUAAGCAAAGAAAUGACCAAGCAGAUAAACUACUACCUCCCCCCGACCCUCAGCAUCAAAAUAUGGAAGCUAGUCUUCUGCUCAAGUAUACAUGGGGUGUCCUUCAAAACGUUGUAUAGGAGUGUAUCCAACAAAGGUAGCGUAAUUAUGCUAAUCUGCGAUAUGGAGAAUAUAUUGUUCGGCUGCUUCCUGGACAAGCUACACUGCGAUAAUUGUUACUACGGGUCUGGGGAAAACUUUUUGUUUACCUUUAAAAAUGGGGACAAAGCCUUGCAGGGAGGCAGGGACAAAAAAAUAAAAGAUGAAGACGAGAAAGUGGAUAAUAAUGGAAGCAGUUGUGCCUAUGACAAGAACAUCGACAGUUUUUACCCAUUGAAAGAGAUCGCUGAGAACGUUAAGCGGAAGAACACCGCUUUACACAUGAACGAGGGGAAGCUGGGAAAUAAUUCGAGGUUCAAUUCGCAGGAAAAGCUCACCACUGAUUUACAAGACAACAUGAAGAAUUCCAUUAGAGGGGAUGCCAAUCAGGAGGGUCCCUCGCGCACUCCCUCCAAUUACAUGAAUAGGCUCAAAACGGAUAUACACGAUUUGGAUUGUGGUGAGGAUGAAGAGGGGGGUAACACUCCUGGUGGCCCCUGCGGUGGUAAAAAUACGGAGGAGUCCCACAAUAAAGGUAAUAUGACUUCUGAGGACUGUUACCAUGACAACGAUGAAAACCAGCGCGCAUCGUUGGACCCCAUGCAGUGCAAAACGAAGAAGCUCAACGAAGAGAAGUACCACCAUUUAACCCCCCUCCCGGGGGAGAAGCAGCCCUCGAGGGGUGACAACCCCGGAGAUACCAAAACUGGGGAAACAAGCGAAAAUAUGAAAACAAAACAAAUUGGCAAUGAUAAUGCGGCCAUUCAGGUGUUCACCUGGACUACUCGAAACAAUUAUUUUGUCUACUCGGAUGAAAAAUCGAUAACGAUAGGCGGUGGGGAUAACUGCUCGCUGCUCAUUAAUGACGACUUGUGCAAGGGGCAGACCAACAGGAGCAGCACAUACGAUAACGACUUGCUUACCCACGACGAGGAAUUCGAAAUUCAGUUUUUGCAGCUCUGGGUGUUUGACGAUUCGUAG